AUGAAGACGGUUGAGGAUGGCGGCGGCGAGGCCGUCUCCUCUCGGCCGGGGCAGCCUGCCGACGACAGGCUGUUCCCGGUGAAAGCUGGAAUUUUUCUUGGUACUGUUGCUGCUGCAGGAAUGAUAGCUGGUUUUGGGACAACUCUAUCACUGGCCAAAAAGAAAAGCCCUGAAUGGUUCAAUAAGGGAGUUACUGCCACAGCUGCCUUACCAGAGAGUGGUUCGUCACUUGCAUUGCGAGCCCUGGGCUGGGGCUCCCUUUAUGCAUGGUGUGGAGUUGGCGUAAUCAGUUUUGCAAUUUGGAAAGCCCUAGGAGUUCACAGCGAGAGAACUGAAGGGCUGCCUGCCAGAUGGUCAAUGAAGCAGGCUGACUUGAGUUCAUAGAAAGAAAAAGACUAAGUUCAAAUAAAAGACUUUCAGCAUAAAAUGCAAUCAAUAUUUCCAACAAUUCCCAAGAACCCUGGGCCUUCUGUUGAGUGGGAAG